ACACCGUUGUUUCCUCCGUUUUUUCAGAAGAUUACCAGCUCUAAUUGCCACAGGAGGAGGUUCAGGAUCUUCAAGGAAUUCCUUGUGGUUGUCAGUGAUGGCUUCGAAGCGGAUCUUGAAAGAACUCAAGGAUCUUCAGAAAGAUCCUCCUACCUCUUGCAGCGCAGGCCCAGUGGCAGAAGACAUGUUUCACUGGCAAGCAACCAUUAUGGGUCCUCCUGACAGUCCUUAUUCGGGUGGAGUGUUUCUAGUUACCAUACAUUUCCCUCCAGACUACCCGUUUAAGCCACCUAAGGUAGCUUUCAGGACAAAGGUUUUCCACCCGAACAUCAACAGCAAUGGCAGCAUUUGUCUUGAUAUUUUGAAGGAACAAUGGAGCCCGGCUCUUACAAUUUCCAAGGUUUUGCUGUCGAUAUGCUCUUUGUUGACGGACCCGAACCCAGACGACCCUUUGGUGCCGGAGAUUGCUCACAUGUACAAGACCGACCGGAGCAAGUACGAGACAACGGCUCGUAGCUGGACCCAGAAAUAUGCCAUGGGUUAGUUAUGGUAUGAGAUAAGGGUUCCUUUCCUUUAUGGUUCCUUUUUGUUAUUUAUAAAAAAAUUAUGUAUGAAUGGAAAAUCCUACUAAAUUAAGUGGUUGUUGUAAGAUAUAGACUUAAAAAAACACAAGGGAAAGGUAACAAAAAAUCCCUACUAUCCUAUCUGUGCUUUCAUUUAUUAAGGGCAAGAUUGUCUUUUAGAA